AUGAGUUCUAAAGUGUGCUCGCACGUUCUAAAUUCCUUCUAUGCCUUCCUCGGCUUAGCCCUCACGGCUACGGCGAUUUGGUUCUUUGUUGAAGUGAAAGAAGUGACAAAUCUGCGGAACAGUAACCAUUACCUGUUGGAUUACAACCUGUAUUGGCCUCAGGUGAUACCAUGGCUGUUUAUCAUCGUGGGACUGCUUGUCCUCGGCGUUUCCGGGUGUGGAUUCUCUGGUGCCACCAAGAAGAGCAAAGGAAUCCUUAGAGUGCACGUAACGUUUGUUUCUAUUACAAUUUUGGUGUCCCUUGCUGUGGCUGUGAUUGCUCUAGUGUUUGCUGACAGCAAAUCGUCAGAUAAUUUCAUCAAAGACACGAUUUGGGACGCGUUUUACCAAAUGAAAGAGCAUCACGAAGUCGAAGAGUCAUUCGGGAGAAUCGAAAGGAGGAUGCAGUGUUGCGGCGCCGAAAGUCCCAGAGAUUACGUCAACUGGAAGAACGACUUCCCCAAUUCCUGCUGCGAUGUAUUCUACCAUGGAUGGUUGGAGCCUUACAGCAUUAACUGCGAGAUUACGAACAAAUUAGCUAACGAACGUCACGGCUGCGCGACUGUUGCUGCGCAGUAUUCGAGAAUCAUCAUCAAAGUCUUAUCUGGAGUGUCAAUAUUCAUCGCCUUCAUCAGUAUUAUCAUCUUAGUAGUAUCUAUUAGAAUGCUGAGAUCUAUUUUGAGGCGACCGCGAGUGUUACAAGCCCAGCAAGAGUCUGAAAGCAAAAAAGGACUGAUAUAAACUGAACUGUAGUGUUAAACCAACCGUGUAAUAUUUUUUUGUUUUUGUCUCUUUAUUGUGAUGACCGUUAAGGCCAUAUUCGUCAAGCAUAUCGAAUAAUGGUGCGUGUCGAGGUUCAGUACUUUUGUAUUCUAAAGAGGCGCUUUGGAAUGACGACGAAUCUCAAAUUAUUGUUGUCUGUUCAAUUAUGACCAAUUUACAUCAUUUCCAGUGAUGUAGUCAUGCUUGAUACUAACUUUAAACGUGUUAAUCGAGUAUUAUUAUCUCAUGAAAUAGAGAUGUCUUAUAGUCUUAAAGUUUGGGCUAUUGAUUAUGUGAUUUUGAAAUUGGUAGAGUAUGAUUGUGUCCCCACCUAUCCCCACCGAAAUUGAAAGUGUACGGUCCGUAUAAAUUGGCUUCACUGCGGUGGACUGGUAGACCAGAUGCAUUUAGCUUUUGUGGCGCUGACCACGCAAUUACAAAGCAGAUUAAUGACGAAGUCAAUUAGUAUUAUUAUGUGUCAUUUCAGAAAUGAUGUUCUCAAUUUAUAAUGCUAUAUGCUAUAAUGUUGUAAGCUAUUAAGUAACCGGCUAAGUUGAGAUAUUUUAUUAAGCGUGACCAGUUUUUGUUGUUGACUUUUUCAUUUCACAACAUUACGCUGGUGGGGCGUGUGUAACAUAGUGACAUACAAGUUCUUAAGUGAAAGUUUUUCAUUUCUUGUUAGAAGAAAAUGUCUAACUUCACACCAGUUACGUAAGAAGUAAGGGCUUGUACGUACAUGCGACUGAUUUGUAAUGAAUGGAUGUAAUCAUGUAUGCACAGCUGCGCGUAUGUAUGUUUGUAUUAUAAAUUUCUUAAUAGAAAGUGAGCUAGGUGAAACUGUGCUGUCAGUAAGUAGGUAUAAAUAAAUCUUGAAAUAAAUUAGCAUUUAAAAGAGGUUACUAAGCUUUAUGAAAUACUAAUUAUUGUUUCCGAUCACAAAAAUGCAUUUUUGUGUCACAUUAGAUUAAUUUAUUUAUAUUUAUUGAUGUACCAAAUAAUAAGUACCUGUAUGAAACGUGUGUAAAUAAACGGAAUGAUACACA